AUGGCGGCGCCCAGAACAACAGAGUGCAAGCUCGUGUUGCUGGGCGACUCCAACGUCGGGAAGAGCUGCCUCGUCAACCGGUUCGUUAAGAACCAGUUCAACACAGAGCACCCGACGACCGUCGGCGCCGCAUUCCUGCAGUCUCCCGUGCCGCUCGACGACUCGGACGACAAGAUCCAGUUUGGGAUCUGGGACACAGCUGGCUCAGAGAGGUACAAGGCGCUCGCGCCGAUGUACUACCGGGGGGCAGAGGCGGCGAUCGUGGUGUACGACAUCACGUCGUUCGAGUCGUUCGAGGGCGCGAAGAGCUGGGUGCACGACCUUAAGCUCUACGGGCAGCCGCACGUGGUGAUCGCUCUUGCCGCGAACAAGAGCGACCUGGAGCAGUACCGCGUGGUGACGACACAGGAGGGGCAGGCGUACGCGCGAGAAAACGAGAUGUCCUACUUUGAGACGUCGGCGAAGACGGGGCACAACGUGCGGCGGAUGUUCGUCGACCUGGCGCAGUGCGUGCCGCGCAAGGACGCGCUCUCUUCGAGCACCAAGCUGGACGAUGCCAAGGGCGGCGGCGGGAAGGGGUGCGCCUGUUGA